CCUUCACACCGGAAGUGAAGCAGCUAGCAUCCGAGAUGGUGGCUACUAGGAGAGGAGUGCGCGUGUACUCCCCAACUAAAACAACCCCGGAGCAGUCCUCUGAUGUCCAGGCCACUCCCUCCACUGGUCGAAGAACCAGGAGCACAGCUAAACAAGCGGAGACCCCUUCCCAGCAUGCCUUGGUGGAGGCCAGCAGGCAUCUUGAAAAAAGCAAAGGAGGAGCUCCGGCAUCUCCACCUUCCUCCCAGCUGAAAAGAUGCACCAGAGCCUCCAGACUCCACAGUCCAGAGCAUCCAUGCACACCUGUGGGCUCCACUCAUGAGGGGGACUUGUCUGAUGUGGAGUCCUGCUGCUCCGCGGUGUCCGGCAUCGAACCACUGAAGACACGCACCAGGGGAAAGAGGAGACAGCCCCGCACAGUGAGUCAGGAAGAUGAGGAGGUAUCUGAGGUGGAAUCAUGCUCCUCUGCGGUAUCUGCAUCGAAAGUUAGUCAAAGUAGCCGUCGGAGCACAAGGAGAAAGACGAUUCCUAAAAGCCCUAAACCGACUCAGGUUGAGACGGGGGAUGUCAAAGUCGAGUUGGCGCUGGAGAGCGAGUCCUGCGGCUCUGUGGUGUCUGAAUCCCAGAGGGUCACCAGAAGUCAGAGAAAAACUGCUCUCAGCAGAUCAUCAGCCAGACAGCAAACUGAGGACUCAGAGCUCUCAGACGCCGGCAGCUGUGUAUCCAGUGUCUCAGGAGCUGAGCUUGCAAAGUCCACCUCCCGCAGAGCUACGAGAUCCAGAAGACAAAGAGGUCCCAUCCCCAUCCACCUAGACGAAGCCUCAGAAAGCUCUCAGUCUCCUGCCCCUAGAGCUCGCAGGGGCCGGGCAGCUAGAGGGAAAGACGGAGAUACUGUAGAUGUGAGUGAGCCCCCGUCUUGUGACUCUGAAGGGUUUGAGUCGGGACCCACGUACAGUAAGAUAAGUCGUUGGCGUGGAAAGAACCAAUUGGCAGCUCCCAAAGGUGCGGACUCGGACUCUGACUUGACUGACGUGCAUUCCCCAAUGGGCAGCCCCUGCUCCACACGAAGUAGAGGAACACCCUGCAGCAGCCGCACCGGCUCGGGGAACAGCAGUCGAGGCACUCGCGCCACCAGGCAGUCAGUCAAGGAUUGUAGUAUUAUUCUUGAAAAACCCAGCGAGCAAACUGAGGAGGACACGUCUUUAAAUGAGUCCAGGUUAGAAAAUACAGUGAUAGCUGAGGACGCAGAGUGCACACUGUUGGAGGAAGAUGAGAACAAAACAUCCGAAGAUAAAGAAGGUGUGAAUAGUAUUGAUGAAACACCAGAUGAGGCAGAUACAAUGAGUGUGUCAAAAGGAGUAAAUGUAAUUUCAGAGGAGGACUCUUCCCUGGUAUCAGGCGGUCUUGUUAGUGCAGGUGAAGCUGUUGUUACACCUGCAGUGACUGUCUCACACCAGCAGGAGGAGCCGUGUGCUGAAAAUAAGGUCGGGUCCACCUCAGAGAUGGAGAUGAUGCAGGAAACGGCCCCACCAUCAGAGCCUUCAAAGCCGUGCCAAUCAGUUAUAGUAACAGAAUGUGACAGUGCUGCUGAAAUCACAGAGGAGACUGAAGAGAAGGUUGAAGUUACGGAAGUAGCUGCUUCAAACACCCACUCAUCGCAGGGAGAUGAGGCUGCUGCUGUGGAAACAGGCCCCAGUGAGGAGGAGAAAAUGGAAGUCAGCACAUUGGAUGGAGACGCUCAGCAGGUGGUUGAGUCCAGCGAGGUCCAAGUUGAGUCCAUUCAGGUGAUGUCCAGUCAGCAGCAGAACAUCACGGUUGAUUCUGCUCCUGAACAGGAACCUAAUGACAUCGUUGUCCACAGUAAAAAGAUUAUCAGUCUGCUGGAGAGCAGCGAGGAUGAGGAUGAAGAUCUUGAAGAGGAGGAGAGGGAAGUUUCUGAAGAGGAUGAAGAGGAGGAUUUGGAGUACCAUGCGGACGACAGACCAGGACCCUCCCAGAAGUGUGAAGCAGCGGCUGCAUCAGUUGACGGACUGUUUAUGAUUGACACACGUCCCGGACAGGAGGCCGAUGAACAGUACUACAAGGAAAGGCCAACAGAGGAGGAAGACGCCUCAAAAGAGCAAGGAGUUGAGCAGGAGGAGCAAGAUGAGGAGUUUGUAGAUGAGGAGGGGGAUGAUGAUGAGGAUGAAGAUGCAGAAAUCCUCUUCCUGAGCAGAGAUCCUAAGUCGAAAGAGUUGUCCAGCCGUAUUGACCCUGGCAUCAGAGUGAAGGAGCUCGGGGGUUUAUACAUCAAUUUUGAUGGCAGCAAAUCAAAACCCGUCUCCAGUUCGCUGCAAAAACUAAAGGAAAAGAAGAUCCAAGAUGAGUUGAUGAAGAAGAGUGUGAUGGGACCAGACUUUGAAAAAAAGGAUGCAGUGCCGCCGUACAGUGAAUCCAAACAAGCCUUAAAGCUGAAGCACAGAAUGGAGAGGGAGAAAUCAACAGGAGAUGGUUGGUUUAAUAUGAAAGCCCCCGAGCUCACUCAGGAGCUAAAAGGAGACCUCAAAGUCCUGAAAAUGAGAGGCUCCAUGGAUCCCAAGAGGUUCUACAAGAAGAAUGACAGAGAUGGCUUUCCCAAAUAUUUCCAGGUUGGUACAGUGGUUGAUAGUGCAGUCGACUUCUAUCAUUCCCGCAUCCCUAAGAAGGAGAGGAAGCGAACCAUGGUGGAGGAGCUGUUAGCAGAUGCUGAAUUCAGACAGAACAACAAAAAAAGGUACCAGCACAUUGUCAUGGAGAAAGCAUCACAAGGAGCUGGCAAAAGGAACAAGAAGAAUAAAUUCUGUAAAAAGUAACUCUGAAGGACUCUGAGUGACUUUUCAUAGAUGCUGACAUCAUGAUUUUCCAGGGGUGGGUUGCUGUUGAAUCAUCAAAAAUUAUCUGCUUGUACAGUUACCAGAGAAAUUGUCUACAUGCUUAUAUUGAAAGUAACACUUAAACCAAAUAGAAAAAACUUCCUGUAACUAAUCAUUGUCUUUUGAAAUAUACAUUCAUAAAAUGAACAUUACAUUAAUUUCUUUUGACUGGCACCAAUGUUUGGAAAACUUCUCCUUAAUUUAACUUGUAACAUCCUGAAAAUGGCUCAUAAAAUAUAUUGUGUGAUGAAA